AUGGACCCUUUGCGCCGUCGCACCUCCUUUGGUUCCGACGAAAAGAGUUUGAUGCGUCAACCCUCUGCCGAAGACAUCGAUGCUGCUCAUCAGCUUGUGUCGUCUGCACUGGGUGAACGUCAUGGUUCCCACCUGACCCAUGAAAAUAAUGCGGGUGAUAUCGCCCUCCGCCGUCUUCCUCUGGGCCAAACCAGUCACAGACCAGAAUCCUCUGAAGCACCGCUAUCAUCCUCAGUUGAACACGCCGAGCAGAGAGGAGAUAUUCCGGGUCUGGGUCAAGUCUGCAGCAAUUGCGGAACGACCAAGACCCCGUUAUGGCGACGGUCUCCCACCGGACACACCAUCUGUAAUGCUUGUGGGCUCUACCUGAAGACGCGUAACGCUCCCAGGCCCACAAACUUCAAGCGUCCAAACUCAGCCGCCCCUCCUGAAAGUCCUCGCCAGAGAAUUACGGCAUCUCCAACCGCUUCAACAGUAUCGGCAUCAGCACCAAGCCAGCCCUCGAGCGUUCCAUACCGAGCUCCAGAGCACAUCACUGGCUCGUGUCCAGGUAGAGGGGAAUGUAACGGAGCAGGCGGAGCCGAGGGCUGCGGAGGAUGUCCUGCGUACAACAACAGAGUCGCUAGAACUGCUAAUACGUCGGUGGUACCCGACUUACCGGUCGAAGAUGGGAACGACUCGCAGAGUGAGGCUGGUUUGGGAACGAGCCCAAGCGCAACAAGUCCUGCCACUCAACAACAGCCGUCUCCCGGGAACGCAUCCUUACUCGUUGCGUGCAAGAACUGUGGGACGACCGUAACCCCUCUGUGGCGUCGCGAUGAGCAAGGCCAUCCUAUCUGCAAUGCGUGCGGCUUGUAUCAUAAAUUGCAUGGGUCACAUCGCCCAGUACAAAUGAAGAAGUCGACGAUCAAGAGGCGGAAACGAGUUGUACCGGCAUACCCCGAGGUUCUCAAACCAGCCACCACUACUUCUCAACACCACCCGUCGACUUCGCCAGAACCGGCUCUACCAGCAGAUGCCCGAGAGCCAAUCGCCAUCGACAACUCACCCGCGCCCAAGAGGAGACGACCCCCUCCUACAGUGGAUUACACCGGAUACGUUCCCCAAACCCACCUGGACGAAGCUCCGCAGGAUGCGAACGAGGACUAUGCCUCUCGACUUCAACGUGCAGCUAUUGCGGCAGGAGGCAUGCAACUUGACCCCGCACUGGUGGAGGCCGGUCGCCGGCGUCAGGAACAGGAUGCCACAACAGCGCAGCCAUCCGAAGACAAUGAAAACGAGGUGAACGAGCGGGAUCGCGCGGUCUGGAGAGCAGAAAGAAGGGCACAACUGAUGCGUGAAGCAGAAGUUAUGAGGGCGGCACUACGUGCAAAAGAACGCGAGAUUGAUGAUCUCACUUGA